AUGAAACACCGGUCAAGAUAUUACAAGCAGACAAAGAGUAGGGGUAUAACCAAGCGAUACAAAAGGCAAGAUAAGUUCAAAGAGUUUGUCAACAAGGACGUACAAUCACUCGAAACUAAAUAUGCCAUCCAUGGACAGCUGAAUUUGAACUUUAUCGACACUCAAUUGACAACAGGAUCGUAUUCAUGGGAUAGAGUCACACCUAGUGGACUAACUCAACUGAAAAGCUCCAGAGCAUUACGAUCACUACGACACCUAUCUGCUGAAACCAUUGCCUCCCAAGCAUCCAAAUUAUCACCCGAGUUGUUGGCAACUUUGCCCUGGUCCAUUUGGAAAAUUGUUUGGACAAUGAUCUUGGCUACAAACACAGAUUCAAUCCAAGUAUACACAUUGUUUCUUAAAAAUUUUGGACAUUUGCCCGAUUUCAAAAGCCAUAAAGCACACAUUGUAGAUGUUCGUGAUGAAACUAUUGCAUUCACUCAAAUUCCUCAAAAUCGACUACAUCGGGUUGAGAGUUUAUUCUCCAACAUAUUGAUUUCUGAAAUGAUUCACAAUUUGGCUGAGUUGAAAUCAUUUGUUAUUUGGGACAUGUCUCAACAACAAUCAAAAAUGCCCAAGGAAGAAUACUUUCUGAUUUUCAAUAUCCCCAAUUUGAUUUGCGUCGAUUUAUCAAACCACGAUGUUGAUGACGUGUUUUUGCAACAUUUGGGCUUCUGUAUUGGUAAUAGCACUAAGUUGAAUCAAUUGAGAAUGAUUAAAUUAUCAAAUACAAAAGUGACACCUACAGGAGCGAUGAAGUUUCUUGAUGCGAUUCUGUUUCAAUCUUGCAAAUUGAGUUAUAUACAACUCGAUUUCAAGCUUGAUCACAAACAUUGGCAACUUAUGGAUUCAGGUAGAAUGAGGAUCGUUCAAACUAUGCCAAUGGGACUAAGCUUGAAUGCGUUGACGAGGCUGGAGACGAGGCUGGGGACAACGCUGAGUCGGUCAUGUUCACCAAAUCAACUCGUUUCUAAAACCCCCAUUCUCGACAUAUUCAUAGCGAAAGAGCUAUACAACUCACACAACAUGGAAGAAGCUUGGAAUCUACGAAACAGAUCCCUAAAGAGUAACAAAAACAGAACAACUUUUGUUUACGAGAGAUCAACAUUCAUCGAUAUGUCAAACAUUUGGGAGCUGUAUACUGAUGAAGAGAAGCCUCAACGACAGAGAAAGGCAAUCAAAACCAAUGCCAGAGAGUUUUUCAGUAUUUAA